GUCGGAGCUGAUCCUCAUAGCUCCUCAUUGGCCUCGCCGGCCCUGGUUUUUGGACCUGGUCUCCCUGUCCACGGCCAGUCCAUGGCGAAUACCGGACGAGCGAAUUUGCCUUCUGCAGGGGGCUCUGGUCCACCCAGAGCCCCAAUGGCUACAGUUAACCGCCUGGAGACUGAGCGGGGAUUCUUGACGAGGGCCAACAUCCCCCCUGCCGCCAUCAAAACCAUCCAGGCGGCGCGGCGCCCCUCCACAGCUCGUAUCUACGAGUCUACCUGGCGCUCCUUUUCAUCAUGGUGCUCGGCCCGCCAGGUUUGUCCGACUUCGCCCUCGGUUGAGCACGUCAUCGGUUUUCUCCAGGAAGGCUUCGACUCUGGCCUUGCCCCUUCUACCCUGAGGCGGCAGGUAGCGGCCUUGGCUUCCAUCUCCGCAUGUGCUUCUCUGACAACUGUUACCAAGGAUCCUCUGAUCCGCCAAUUUCUGCGGGGCGCUUCCAACUUGAGCCCCCCGGUCAUUCACCGUUUCCCUACCUGGGAUCUCUCAAAGGUCUUGUCCUCUCUCACUCAAUCGCCCUUCGAACCUCUCCGGACGACUUCCCUGAAAUUUCUCUCCUUUAAAGUUUCGUUUUUGGUGGCGAUUACAUCCGCUCGUCGCAUUUCCGAACUGGCCGCCUUGUCGAUCCGACAAGACUUAUGUGUUUUCCAUCACGACAAGGUGGUCCUCCGUUUGGACCCCACGUUCCUUCCCAAAGUGAAUUCUGUAUACCAUCGAUCACAGGAGGUCGCCUUGCCCAAUUUUUGCCCUCGCCCGUCUCACCGGCUCGAGGAACAGUGGCACAAGCUCGACGUCCGUAGGGCUUUGCGGAUAUACCUUUCUCGUUCUGCCUCCUUUCGCAAAACCGAGGCUUUAUUCGUCUCGUUCCAACCUACCACGAUGGGGAUCAAGGUGUCUGCUCCGACCUUGGGCCGAUGGAUCCGGGCCACAAUUGCCUUCUCUUAUGAGUCACAGUCGCUUGCGGUCCCCAACAGGGUGACUGCACAUUCCACCAGGAGUGCAGCCACCUCCGCGGCUUGGGCUACUCAAGCGUCCUUGGAAGAAGUCUGCAAAGCGGCGACUUGGUCUACCCCGACACCUUUUAUUAGACACUACCGUCUGGAUGCCUACGCGUCGGCUGAUGCGGCGUUCGGCAGACGGGUCCUACAACGGGUCCAUGUUUCCUGAUCUGCGGCUCGCCCGAGUACUGCCCUCCCGUUGGACAUCAAGCUUUGCAGGAGACACGCAACAGUCUGCAGUGAUUACCUCGCCGAUAAACUGAAGAGAGCAGCAGGAAGGGCGGGGCUAAACGUCAUUGCAGACCCGGUCCUGAUUGGUCUACUGACUGAGUUUACCCGCGCUGCCUGCCGUUCCCUCCCGCGGGAGAGAACGGGCGU